AUGAACUUUGCUUUAGUAGAGAUUGAGAAGCUAUUAUCUAAUCAUGAUAAGAGUUUGAAGGACUAUCCUGAAAUGCCAACGGCAAAUUUUGGUGCCUUAAACGUUAUUGCAAAUAGGUUUAUUCAAGAAGAAUUAGCAUACGAUUGUGGCGAACAGGAGAAAGAGAAUCAAGAAUUGGUAAGGCAGUUAACAGACGAACAAAAGGCAAUAUACAAUGAAGUGUUAACUGACGUUGAUCGCCAGGAAGGGGGGUUAUUUUUCGUUUAUGGUUAUGGAGGGACCGGUAAGACUUUCUUGUGGCGAGCACUUUCUUCCGCAUUAAGGUCUAAGAGUCAGAUAGUGUUAAAUGUUGCUUCUAGCGGCAUAGCUUCGCUUUUAUUACCUGGUGGGAGGACGGCACAUUCUCGGUUUGCUAUACCGAUAGCUGUUAAUGAAGAUUCCACAUGCAACAUACGUAACGGCAGUGAACUGGCAGAACUGCUUGUGCAAACCAAGUUGAUAAUAUGGGAUGAAGCCCCAAUGAUGCAUAAAUUAUGCUUUGAAGCUCUUGACCGAACUAUGCGGGAUUUGAUGCGCUUCAUAAAUCCAAGGAGUUCUGAUAUGACAUUUGGUGGUAAAACAGUUGUUUUGGGGGGGCGAUUUCAGGCAAAUUUUACCAGUCAUUCCAAAGGUGUUCAAUCAGAAAACGAGUGCAAGGAGAUCGAGGAAUUUGCAAAAUGGAUAGCUAAUAUAGGUGACGGAAUUAUUGGGUGUCAACUUGAUGGGGAGUCCGAGAUUACUGUUCCAGAAGAUUUGUUGUUGAAGUGCGUAGAUGACCCUAUUGCUACAAUUGUUGAUAGCACUUUCCCUAAUUUCCGACUGGGAAUUGCCGAUUUGUCAUAUCUUAAUCAUAGUGCAAUUUUAGCUCCAACAUUGGAUGUGGUAGAUGCCGUUAACCAAUACAUGAAUGAUCAUAAUCCGGCUGAGGGUAAGACAUACUUGAGUUGUGAUUCUGUGUGUAAGUCAAAUGCAAAUGUUGACAUGUUAGCGGAUUUGCACAUUCCCGAAUUCUUGAAUGCCUUGAGAUGUUCUGGAGUACCAAAUCAUGCUUUGACAUUGAAAGUUGGAUCACCUGUUAUGCUAUUGCGAAAUAUUGAUCACACACUAGGAUUAUGCAACGGUACAAGGUUGAUUGUUACAAGGUUGGCUGACCAUGUGUUGGAAGGCCAAAUCAUGUGCGGUACAAAUGCAGGAACCAGAGUGGGAAGCAAUACAAAGGUUGCAAAUUAG